AUGGGGAUUAAGACGAAGGAGACGAGGGAGUGGAAUACGAAGAAUUUGGGGAGCAGGGUUGCUGUUGAUGCUGGGUGUGCGGCCGCGGCUGGGGCAAUGGUUGCGCCGAUUGUGUCGAUGAUUGAUAGAGCCAUCAUGGAGAACGCAUCGGGCAAGCAGCCCUUGAUGACGUCCAUAAGAGGAUCUGUAUCGAACAUGCUCACGAAGCCACACUUAUUCUUCACGAGCAAGCCCUUCGCGUUGAUUCUGAUGGUCUACGGCGGGACAUACCUCUCCGCCAACUUCCUCGACACCUUCAAAUCCACCGCCAAUUCCGAACCCGCCAGCAAGACGACCUCAGGCCCCGCCAAGUUCGUCGCAACCAGCGCCGCGAAUUUGAGCCUGACAAUGGUCAAAGACUCACAGUUCACCAAGAUGUUCGGCACCGUCUCUGCGCGACCCGUCCCGCCGACGACCUACGCCCUCUUCGCGAUUCGAGACUCCAUGACCAUCUUCGCGAGCUUCAACCUCCCGCCGAUCCUCGCACCUAGCAUGCCCAUCCCUGAAGCGGCAGAGAAAUACAUCAGCAAGGCGUCAGCGGCACAGUUCAUGGCGCCGGCUGCGAUCCAGCUCCUGUCGACGCCUUUCCAUCUGUAUGGAUUGGACCUGUACAACCGAAACGGCGGCACUCCGUUCAAAGACAGAUUGCACAAGGUCCGGAUUGACUGGCUCAAGAGCAGUCUAGCAAGAAUGUGCCGCAUCUUGCCGGCCUUUGGUUUCGGCGGAGUCGUAAACAACGGUCUGCGGAAUAGAUUCCAGAAACAGCUGGAGUAA